CCCGGCUGUCCCCGGCCGCGCUCCCUCUCCUGUCCGGUGGAUGCUGCGCCUCUCGGAGCGCAACAUGAAGGUGCUCUUCGCCGCCGCCCUCAUCGCGGGCUCCGUCUUCUUCCUGCUGCUGCCGGGACCCUCCGUGGCCGACGAGAAGAAGAAAGGGCCCAAAGUCACCGUCAAGGUAUAUUUUGAUCUGCGUAUUGGAGAUGAAGACGUAGGCCGGGUGGUCUUUGGACUUUUUGGAAAGACUGUUCCAAAAACAGUGGAUAAUUUUGUGGCCUUAGCUACUGGAGAGAAAGGAUUUGGCUACAAAAACAGCAAGUUCCAUCGUGUGAUCAAGGACUUCAUGAUCCAGGGUGGAGACUUCACCAGGGGAGAUGGCACAGGAGGAAAGAGCAUCUAUGGUGAGCGUUUCCCUGAUGAGAACUUCAAGCUGAAGCACUACGGCCCCGGCUGGGUGAGCAUGGCCAAUGCAGGCAAAGACACCAACGGCUCCCAGUUCUUCAUCACCACAGUCAAGACCGCCUGGCUGGACGGCAAGCACGUGGUAUUUGGCAAAGUCCUAGAGGGCAUGGAUGUGGUGCGGAAAGUAGAAAGCACCAAGACAGACAGUCGGGACAAGCCAUUGAAGGAUGUGACCAUCGCAGACUGUGGCAAGAUCGAGGUGGAGAAGCCUUUUGCCAUUGCCAAGGAGUAGAGCCUCAGGGCACUCUUCCCUCUGGACAUGCGCCUGUGCAGGCCCUGAUGCCCUCACCAGGGUGAAGAGAGCCUGUCACGGGGCUCCAUGCUGCACUGGCCUCAGCGCUGGCAUCUGAUGGAGCAGACCCACGCCCCUCACAUUCCACGGUUUUGUAACAAGAUCCUACCAAUAAAAAAGUGGGUUUUUUUUGUA